UGCUGCUCGUAGCGCUCUUUUCUUUUGGCACGUCUACUGUGUGCGAUGGGAGAGCAUAAGAUUCAAGACAUUAUUUAAGAUCUUCGUAAGAUUCGUUCACGAAAUGCGACUGACACGCAAACUGUGGACUAUCUGCGCCAUAAGUGUUUUGCUGAUAUUCUACAAGACGACAGAAAUCGGCAGGAGUGAACGCGAGGAAGCUGUACUGAAAGGGAACUUUGAUCUGAGUGCUAUUAGGCUGAUGGUCAUUGGCGAUCUGAAUGACUCAAGAGCAGGAUGGAAAAUUAAUUUGACUCUUGUGAACAAAAUAAGGAAGGAAAUUCUUCGCUUCUUGGAUGCAGAGAGAGACGUGUCUAUUAUCAAGAGCAAUUACAAACCAGGCGAUACCAUCCACUACGUUCUGGAAAGACGGCGAACAUUUAAUGUGUCUAAAACUCUACACAGUUUACUUCCUGAAGUAUCACCUCUGAAGAACAAAAGGUUCAAAACAUGUGCCGUGGUGGGAAACUCAGGCAUUCUCCUCCAGAGCGGAUGUGGAAAAGAAAUAGACAACCAUGACUUUGUUAUCAGAUGUAAUCUCGCCCCUCUAGAGCCAUUUUCUGAUGAUGUGGGCUUAAAGUCAGACUUCACUACCAUGAACCCCUCUGUUGUCCAGCGGGUGUAUGGAGGCCUGCACAACAAAACAGCGCAGGAAGCUUUCGUUCAACGUUUACGGCAGCUCAACGACAGUGUGCUCUGGAUCCCUGCAUUCAUGGUGAAGGGCAGCGAGAGGCACGUGAAUGGUGUGAACGAGCUCAUUCUUAAACACAAGCUGAAAGUGCGCACAGCCUAUCCUUCACUUCGACUUAUGCAUGCUGUACGAGGAUUCUGGCUCACAAACAAAAUAAAUAUCAAAAGACCAAGCACUGGAUUAUUGAUGUACACCAUGGCUACACGUUUCUGUGAUGAAAUUCACCUCUAUGGGUUCUGGCCUUUUCCUAAAGACAGUCACGGAAAUACUGUUAAAUAUCAUUACUACGACACACUGAAAUAUCGCUAUUUCUCCCGCGCAGGACCUCACCGCAUGCCACUGGAGUUCAAGACUCUGAAGUCUUUGCACAACAAUGGAGCACUGAAACUGACGAUGUCUAAAUGCGCACAACCUUGACUCGGUUGUGCCAUAACUGUGUAUACAACACAGAGAACAUAAAACACACUGUCACAGAAUCAUCUGAUAAGAUUUACGAGCAUUGAAGAAUGGGGAAGUAGAAUAUGAGUGAAUAAUUGUGAUAAAAAUUUUGUUUCUGCGUUAUGAAACCGUUUUUUUCCGUUAAACUACUGAUAAUUCUAUAGGGAAUUUCUGAUUUAUAUGUUUUAAGCAUAUUUUUUAACUUGAAAGUGCAAUAUUUUACAAAUUCAAUCCAUGAUUGUUUUUGCAGGGAUUUUAUACAUAUUUUAUAAUCUCAGUUUGAGAAUGUUUUAUACACAUGGCCCAAAAAUAAUGUUUUAUGUGUUUUAUGAGAUUUUUGUUCCUUGUGUGUAGAAUUUUAGUAUGUAAAUUUUUAUAUAUUGUAAAUCAUUUAUACAGUUCACUCUCAGAUUGAACAUUUUCAAAGUCACUGAUAUACUUUUCAUAGUUGCAUGCUCAAAAGGGAUGCGUUACGUACUUAAUAAUUAAUCAUUUUAACACAUUACGAGUCGUUUCGAGUUUUUAUGUUAAAUAAAUAAAAGGGACAGCACAGGGUUGAGUUUAAAGUAACACAGUGUUGUCCUUAACUAGACACAGGGAUGUAUUCAGUUAAGAACUGACUACUUUAAGAGUGUAUGUGAUCUCAAGUAAACCUUCAUUGUGAAUUUCUAUGAGUCAGCGUUCAUAUUUAUGUGAGAAUGAAAUGUGUGAGUAAGAGCGUUUAAUUUAAAACUUCCUUAAGCACUGUAUGUAAAGAAAUAUACUAAUAUUCCUGUGGUGUUUAUUUAUAGUACGAGUCAUUCUGUCUCAAAACAAGUUUUCAGCUUUGUGGUGUUUGUGAUAACAGAUUUUUAUACUAUUUUGAUAUUAUUAUAAUGUCAGCUUUAAAGUUUAAUUCUUGAUGCCAAAUUGCGGUGUCAAACGUUGAUUCAAACAAAACUGCUAUUGGAAUUGUAGAGAAUGGAGAACCUAUUUGUCUAAUUACAUGUUCGUUGAUUUAAACUCAACUUUGGAAUUUGGGUCUUUUUUUACAUUUUUCUUAUUUGGACCGAGCUUGUCAUCAGAAACUUUAAGGAAAAUAGAACUCUCUCUUUACCAUUACCAAAUUCAAGGAUUAAAAUCACACACUCUUAGGUCAGUAGAUAUGCUUUGUUAAAUCACCAACAUGAGUUUAUGUGGUUAUAUUAGGAGCAUUACAAGGUAAACUUUGCUAGACAAGGUGUACCAAUGGUAUUGCAACAACUUUACAUUUGAGUUUCGUAAUCAAAUAAGCCUAAUGAAUGCAUAACAAAUGUUCUUUGUAAUGACUGUUCGAUGUAUUCAUGUAGGGUUUAUAUUAAACAUUCAAACUUG